AAGAAGUUUUGAGAAGGACUGAAGAUGCUGACUACAAUCUUACUGCUUUGCGGGACUGUUGGGCUGCUGAAAUCAGAGCCACAUUCAAGGUAUCCUGGUCAUCACCACCAGAGGCGAGGGCCAGAAGCUCCUCAGAUGCCUGCACCUCCACAACCAUCUUCUCCAGCUGAAGAAUUCUGGAGAAGAGAGUCCACCCAAGAUGAAACUGAGCCAGAGAUGGAGGAGUCUUACCCUGCAAGUCAGGAAUCCAGAAAUGAGAACUGGUGCUCCUCUGUUCAAUAUCGGACAGCCACUUACGUUGCAGUUUGCAGGACAGAGAAAUACGUAAUCCGGUCCCAACAACCAUGUCCGAAUGGAACUCCAGACUGCCAGAAGAUCAUGUACAGAACAGCGUUGAAGCCAGUCUACAAGAUAAAAGAGAAAGUGGUCAGCUUUUUAGACUGGAAGUGCUGCCCAGGUUAUGUAGGCAAGGACUGUGAACAAUAUGACUUGGGAGAUGUUGUAGAAGCCCAUCAAAGUCAUGAAGGUCUGCUAGAAGACUUGCAGAAUGACGUUCACCAGACAGCAAACAGUUUGGGAAUCUUACAGAAUGUCCUUCAUCACAACAGCACCAACAGAAACGGAGGGAUGGACCAGCACCAGUCAGCAGAUACGGACCUGAAGCUCAAGAGACACCACAAGCUGCAGCAGUCUUUUUUAUUAGCAUUAAACAACAGCUUGGCCGACCUGAGACAAGAGCAAAAUAAGCUUCAGGGUGAGCUUGAGGUCCUCAACAGAAAUUUUGCAAUGUUCCCAAGGAAAUUGGGCAAUCGGAAUGAGAUGUUUGCAGAUGUUGAUGUGCAGAGCCUCAAUCAGACCUUGGAAAAACAUGCUCGGGAGCUAAAGACACUUUAUGAGGAGUCUGAAAAAGACUAUGAAGAACUAACUGAUUCCAUCACAAGGUUAAAAGACAGCUCAAAACACGAUUUGGAGGACUUCCGGAUACGAUUAAUAGAAGGAAGUCUCAUGAUUGAUGAAUACAGAGAAGAUGUAGAAAGGAGGAUUUUUGCUCUUAAUGAUAGUCUGGCAGAUGUUCAAGAAAACUACUGGAGUCUACAGAAGUCCAUGAAGACAUGCUGUUGUGAAGACCAGCCUUCCGGUACUGAUGUGGAAGGCUUAAAGAACACCACUGAGAUGCAUGGAGAACAUCUAAAGCAUCUGGAGGCACGUUUAAAAGAUCUCGCUGCUGCUUUCCCGCUUAUCCAUCAGUCUUUGGAUUUCCAACAAGAACAAAGUUGGAAGCUACAAGAUGGACUCUCUCUCUUAAAAAACCAUUCUGAAGUUUUGUCUGAGGAGGUUGACCUGCUAGAAAAAGCCGAUGAGAAGAUGUACGAUCACAUCAAGUAUCUGAACAGUUCUUUCAAUUCGUUGCUGGGGGAUGCACUGAGACAUGAGACGGCCCUUGAGAUCCUUCUUGGAGAGGAAAUUUUGGAACGCCUGUCUGAAGAAGAGAUCAUUCUAUCCACAGAUCAACUUCCAGAGAUGAACAUCAAAUUAAUGUCAGACUAUCUCAAGAAGCAAAGUAUGACACUAGAGUCUCUUAAGAAGAGAAUAGACUCUUUGGAGGCAGAUCAUGAGAAUAAUCCACAUGAUCAUAAAUCUUUGAAGGAUCCUGAUACUGAGAAACAAACAGACCUCAAUCCCCAACAUGGUAGAAUAGAAAAUAUGGAACCAAACCAUGAAGCUGUCAUGGAGGAUGCCUUAGACAAUCCAGCGUACCAUGAUAUUAUGACCCUCAAAAGAGAGAUUGGACAUCUUACCAAAGAGAUGAAGAAAUUUGAAUUGCAGUGGGAUCAUAUUCAUUCCUGCUGCAAUCAAACUAAGGCCAACCUCAGUGUUUCAGUCAAGGAGGUGAAGGACGAUCUUGGGUCAGCCCAAAAAAACUUUGAAGAACAUCUAGCGGUCUUUCAGAAAUUGUUUGGAAAUAGUAAGGAGCUGGCUGCCUCAAAUGUAAGCCUGGAUGUAGCAAAGCUUCAGUUGAUGAUGAGCAGAAAAACGAGGAAGCACCUUAAGGAGCAAGAACAGCAAAACAUGAGGGACAAGAAAGAGGUCCAUGGCCACAGAGAAGCUACUUUGAAUGGAAGAAACAAGAUCAAUGCAGAGACACUGGAGGAAGGCACAGCGGUGGCUUUUUACGUGCAAUAUGCCGAAGGUAAAGAGGAGCCCUCCGUCUUGAACCGCACCUACCUUAACUACGGAGGGGGUUACUCUCGUGAAUACGGCUACUUCAAGGCAUCUCAUAAUGGGGUUUAUAUGGUGGCGGUCAGUGCCGAGUUCCCCCCAGGACCCGCCUUGGGACAACUAGUUUUCAGCAAUGGCCACAGAAUUACUCUAAUCAACAAGAAGAGGAAGUCCAGCAGUGGUUAUACAACUCUCUUCGCCCUGGUGGAACUGGAGAAGGGAGACUUGAUGUGGUUUGAGCUGGUCCAAGGGGCCGCAGUGAGACAAAACACAGUUGGAUUGAGCAUGGCAGGGUUCUUGCUACUGAAAACCUGAGAAGGAAGACCUUGGCCGUGUCAAGAGCCCUCCUGUGAGUGAAGGAUGUCUUAAUGACCCGUUUUGCCCACACAAGGACCCGUUUUGCCCACACAAGGACCCGUUUUGCCCACACAAGGACCCGUUUUGCCCACACAAGCUCAGCAAUGCUUUCUAGAAGGCCUUUGGUAGCUGCUUAGGCACAGCUC